AGGGUAGAGGGCAUAUGGAGUUAAGCUCCCAUGUUCACAGAGAGAUCUAUCUAUCCACGGAUCGCGUGCUCCUCACUCGCCACAUGUAAGGUUACGUUCGACGUGCGACGUCAUAGGAAGGAAUCUUUGGCGCGUUAUAAAAGAAUUGCGGCGGAGUAUUUCGUUACGUCUCCAUUAUUUUCGAGAGAGGAGCGAGCGAAUCUCGGCGCGAUGGCUGCGAACGGUGAUGAUGCAUCUCUCCCUCUAAUAAAACCUCCACCGUCUGCAGCGACGGGAGAUAGAACAUCGGCUAUUCAGACGCUCGGGAACAUUAUCGUCUCCAUCGUCGGUACAGGCGUCCUUGGACUCCCUUACGCGUUCCGCAUCGCAGGAUGGUUUGCUGGAUCACUUGGUGUCAUUAUCGUUGGAUUCGCUACCUAUUACUGCAUGCUCCUUCUCAUUCAAUGCAGAGAUAAGCUAGAAUCGGAAGAAGGACAAGAAGAAUCCAAAACAUACGGUGACUUAGGAUUCAAAUGCAUGGGAACAAAAGGUCGUUACCUAACCGAGUUCCUCAUCUUCACCGCUCAAUGCGGUGGAUCAGUAGCCUAUCUAGUCUUCAUAGGCACGAACAUGUCAUCCAUCUUCACAUCAUACGGUUUAAGCAUGGUCUCUUUCAUCUUGAUCCUAGUCCCAAUCGAGGUCGCGUUGUCAUGGAUCACUUCUCUAUCGGCUCUCUCGCCUUUCAGCAUCUUUGCCGAUAUAUGCAACAUCAUAGCCAUGUGUUUCGUCGUGAAAGAAAACGUGGAGAUGGUGAUCGAAGGAGACUUCUCGUUUGGUGACAGAACGGCUGUUUCGUCUACUAUUGGAGGGUUGCCGUUUGCUGGAGGUGUUGCUGUGUUUUGUUUCGAGGGCUUUGCGAUGACGUUGGCUCUUGAGAAUUCUAUGAAGGAUAGAGAAGCUUUCCCUAAGCUUUUGGCUAAAGUGCUUGCUGGGAUUACGUUUGUUUAUGUGUUGUUUGGGUUCUGUGGUUAUAUGGCUUAUGGAGAUGAAACAAAGGAUAUUAUCACACUCAACCUCCCAAAGAAUUGGUCUGCCAUUGCCGUACAGAUUGGCUUAUGUGUGGGAUUGACGUUUACGUUCCCGAUCAUGGUACAUCCGCUUAACGAGAUCAUAGAGCAGAAACUGAAAAGGGUAGAUUGGCUUCAAAAGCAUAAUCAUAACUACAGCAACGAAACAAGUUCGGUCUCUAACUAUGUAAUCUUCACCACGAGGACGCUUUUGGUGGUAGGACUGGCAGCAAUAGCGUCACUAGUACCGGGAUUUGGUACAUUUGCAUCUCUGGUUGGAAGUACUCUGUGUGCACUCAUAUCAUUUGUGUUGCCGGCUUCUUAUCACCUCACGCUGCUCGGUCCAUCGCUAAGUCUAUGGAGCAAAUCAGUUGAUGUGUUCAUCGUAAUUUGCGGGUUGCUCUUUGCUGUUUAUGGUACAUACAACACAAUCGUUGGAGUGUAACAAGGGAGUCUGUGUAAAACGAACACGGCAGCAGAAAGUUGGUCAAGAAUCUCAGACCAAAGAACAAGGAUGUAUAGGUUUUACAUGAAUCCGAAAUCGAAAGAUACUGGAUUGAGAAAAUCCAAAUUGUUGUAUGAUAAUGACAGCUUUAAAUUUCGCAAAUGCAGCUUGGUCCUGUUUAAA